AUGUAUGAUCUUGUUCUUCAAAUACUUUCAAUAAGUGCAAUCACAACAACAAUUGCCCUGUUUUUUUGUGGAAUGUAAGUUAUGGCCAAGUGGUCUGCACUUCUGCCGAGCGUUUGAAAAGCCAGGGUUCAAUCCCCACCCGAUGCACAAUUUUUUAAAUUUUCCAGCCCAAUAUGCUUCACAAUUCGAAAACAAGGUGGAAUUGGUGAUAUUUCGGGAAUCCCAUUUUUAAUGGGACUUCUUGGCGGCUCUUUUUGGCUCCGUUACGGAUUCCUGAAAAUGGAUUGGACAAUGAUAAUCGUAAAUCUUGUUGGCGUUUCAUUUUUCACAAUUUACUGUCUAUUUUUCCUAUUUUUUUCGUGGCCAAAGGUGAGUGCAAUUAAAUUUUUUUUGGAAAAAAUCCAGUUUUCUAUUGGUUCCAGAAAUCAUUUUGCGCUCAAUUGGGUUUGGUUGUCUCGUUGAUUUUGUCGAUGGUGGUUUGGAUUGCGUGGAAACCGAAUUUGGAUAUGUUGGGCAUUGUUUGUAUGACUUUUAAUAUUAUGAAUUUUGGAGCGCCGUUGGCUGGAUUGGUAAGGGAAUGAAUUGAAAAAUUAGGGGAGAAAAUCUGAAAAAUCUGAAAUUUCAGACACAAAAAUUAGGAAUUUAUGACUCUCUAGGCGCAGCUACUUGAGAAGGUGGCUCUCUAGACGCUGAUCCUUGACAACUGACCUUUCUAGGCGUUGAUCCUUGAGAAUAGGAUUUCUAGGGCCGGCUGCUUGAUAUGGAAGCUCUCAAGGCGUGGCUGCUUGCCAAAGGCGGUAUCUAGGUAUGAGUCCUGGAAAAUUAGGGUUCUCUAGAGGCGACUACUUGAAAACAUGGAUCUCUAGGCACGGCUCCUUACCAGAGAUGAUCUUCAUUUUUAGGAACCCCUGAUCUUAGCCUAGAUGUUGUCAUGAGCUACUAAAGAACAUCCAGAAUUAUAUAGGAUAGGGAAACUUUCGAAGAAUCCUCGAAAUCCCUCAGAACUUCAGAAAAGUGCCAGAAUAAACUUUGUUUCAGAAAUUUUUGAAAAUCCUCAUUUUCUAGCUUAACCCAAAGUUAAUUAAUCAAAUCUAAGGAACUUUUCGAAAAAUAUAUAAGACUUUUGAUAUUUUGUAUUGAAAGAGCACAUAUUUGGCUUCCAGUUUCAGAAUUUUCAAAAAUCUUCAUUUAUUAGCUUAACCUCUAAUUAAUUCACUUUAAGGUUCAUUAUCUUAAGCCUUAAAAUCUCAAAAUAAAGCCUUAAACUCUCAAUUUUUAAGGUUCACUAUCUUAAAGUUACCUUAAAGUUAACUCAAUCAAAAUAUUUUCCAGGGUGUUGUUCUCAAAAACCGCAAUGUCUCCUCAUUGCCAUUCCCCAUGUGCUGCGCCAAUUUUCUCGUCUCAUCCCAAUGGUUUUUCUACGGUAACCUCGUCAGCGAUCUCUAUGUAAUUGUUCCAAAUGGCAUCGGCGUUCUUUUGGCAAUCUUCCAACUUCUCCUCUUCGUAAUUCUUCCAAUGAAAGAGGCCGAUAAAAGUCCGCUGGAAAAAAUGGCGGCCUGGUUUACCGCAAGAGAUCGGGUUGGAGUUGAGAAGGAUGAUGUUGAGAAGGGAGGAAGAUCAGAAGAAGGUUAGUUCCGGUGGAAAAAAACAUAUCAAAUUAAAUUAAAGAAAGAACCGCACCCUUUUGGGUUACUGUAAUUUGAAGUGAAGCUAAUUCGAAAUGACAACAACAUCAAGUAAUUUUUUUUAGGACAUGGAAAUGUGAUCAAAAAAUUGAUGACAGCAUCUGAAUCUCGACGGGAAUCACUGGACUUCAUUGGACGGCCACCGAGUUAUAAAAGUCGAUCGAGUAGUGUUCCGGAUAUUGCGUCACUUCAAUCAUUUUAA